ACAUAUAGAACCCAAAUGUCGAAAAAUUCAAACUCUUGUUUAAUCUCUCUUCUAGACCCCAACUAAAAUUCAACACGCAAGACAUUUCCAACAACAAAUCGAUUCAUCCAAUUUCACAACCUACAAAUGCCGCCCUUAACCAAUCAUUUUCUCAGUAGCAGCUUCCUAAGAAACUCAACUACUUCAACUUCUCUUUAUAACCUCCCAUUCAAUUCAAACCUAUAUUUCAUUUCGAUAUUUCACCAACCGAUUUACAAAGAUUAAGAUCAGUUUCUAAUCACAAUCAUUAACAUGCAAAACAUGUCUUUACACUUUUUUACAGCUUUAGUCUUUCUUCUUACAAUAUCUUCCUCGGUACUCACAAUCCAUGCAUUUCCCGCAGAUUUUGUUCCCAAAUUUUUUCCGAAUAUAUCCUCGUUACCUCCACCACCGAAAAAUUUAACCGCUGCAUGGGAGUCAUUCAAGAACCUGACCGGUUGUCGAAGUGGCGAAACCAGAGAGGGGCUAGAUAGACUCAAGAAAUAUUUGCGAGAAUUCGGGUACCUCAAUACCGAGAAUUUCACUAAUGAUUUCGAUAACUCGCUUGAAUCUGCAAUAAAGACUUAUCAACGUAACUUCAACUUGAAUACCACCGGGGAGCUCGAUGAAAAAACACUAACCCAAAUUCAAAGACCUAGAUGCGGUGUCGCUGACAUAGUCAACGGCACCAGCACCAUGAAUCCCGGGAAGUCGAAAUCGUCGUCACUCCACACGGUGGCGCAUUACUCGUACUUCCCGGGAUCGCCUCGCUGGCCUCAAAACACGCUAACCUAUUCUUUCGCAGCCGAAAAUCAGCUAGAUGACACUGUAAAAUCAGUGUUCAGGUCAGCAUUUGAUCGGUGGUCAACGGUGACCACGUUGACUUUUCUACAAACUGAUUCAUAUAGCAUUGCCGACAUCAAAAUAGGGUUUUAUAGUGGGGACCACGGCGACGGCGAGGCCUUCGACGGGGUUCUCGGAACCCUAGCGCACGCGUUUUCUCCGCCGAGUGGACGGCUCCACCUCGACUCGGCGGAGAAUUGGGUGAUCAACGGUGAGAAUUUAAAGGAAACCUCGGCCGUAGAUUUGGAAAGUGUAGUGGUGCAUGAGAUAGGGCAUUUGCUAGGGUUAGGGCAUUCUUCGGUGGAAGACGCCGUGAUGUUCCCGUCGAUUCCUUCCGGCGCACGGAAAGUGCAACUCGACGGUGAUGACGUGGAGGGCAUUCAGUCGUUGUAUGGGACCAACCCUGGCUACGUGGCAUCAGCCAAUCCGGGUUCGCAGGAGAAUGAGACUAAUUUUGGGAAUGUUGUGGGACCGGUGUGGGGCCAGGUGUUAGGUUUGGCCUUUGGAUUAGUUUUAUUUAUUUUGUGAAUAAAUAUAUUGGAGAGUCUCGUAUAAAUUUUAUUUUGUUUUUGUUCUUUAUUGUUUUGUUUGUUGUAUACAAAAUGGAUCCCCACACAUUGAUGAGGAGGUUAGUUUAGGUCUUCAUAUAUUGUUGUAUGUACAUAUCAGGUAUAAAUUUUGAUUGUUCUUUAUUUA